UUAUUUUUGUCCCUUUUUGUUGUGUUUUAUAAUUCUUCAGGAGAGUGUCUGUGCAAUUGAGCACAUCCUAUCUGAGUUAAGGGACCAGCUGGCCUUGACAUAGACGGGAUACCGCUUUUCAAGUCCCCAGAAGCCGUUGAUGCUCGUUGGGCCAUGGCAAGCAAGCAUUUGAGUUGCAUGCAGGAUCCACCAUACAUUCAGCUGUAUGUGGCAACCAAAGUUGUAAAUAUCAACAGGGUACAGCUGAACAAGUACCGUUGUCGAAGAGGCAGCAACUCCCUAGAAGGACUACAUUCCCACAUGUAUCAAGCCAUCCCUUCAAAGCGAUGCGGGAUAAUACCAUUCCAAGUGUAUCUCAUUUCAUUUGCGGUCCAAUGGAACAGGCGAAUGGAGGCAAAGAAGGUUCCUGGGGGUCGAGGUAGGCUCACAUCAUUGGAUGAUCCCAGACAGGUCCAACGUCUCAACCAGCAUGCAGAGACCCUCUUUGGGAAGGAUCAUCUAUUCGAGCCAAAUUUUUCAGCUCCCAUGGCCUAUCCGGACAGGUAUCACGACCCUGCAGAGGAAGAGCUGUUGGGAGUAGAAUAUGCGUACAGCCAGUCUACCGACUACAUACAGAAAGCUGAAGAGCAAUCUCGUGAGGUCGACGAGGAGUUGGCAGAGUCAGAGGACGAGGGAAUUGAGGAUGACAAUGAUGAAAGUUCCCUUCCAGUAAACCACAUGGAUUCAGUCCAUGCUGCCCAUGCUGCUGUGACGAAGGAGGAGCAGGUGACAGAGGAGGUCAGCCCAGUGCUCGAGGAUGUACUGAUGAAACGAAGCCAUCUUCAUCUCCCUGGCUUUCAGGAAGUAGAGGAGCUUGCCCUUCUACUCCUUCAGCUGUCUGAUAACGGCGACCAUCACAUCAUCCCAGUCCCUCUGAGGGAGCAAAUCGCAGCAGCUGCCAACAAACUGGCUGACCAUGAUCGGUCUGCUCGUAAUUUUGUAAAGAAAUACGAGUCAAAGUGGGGGUAUAGUCUGUUUGGUAGGUGUUUAGGACCAGAAAGCCCAGAAAAUAGUUCUGCCCAAAAAACGAAAUUUGGAUGGAUGAGAGCAGCAGAGGUUACGGAGGAGUCACGACUUCUUUACAUCCUCAUUAAAAUGUUAAAGAAUCGGCCAACGGUUGGUUGCCUGUCAUCACCAGCGAAAGCUGCCACUUUGAUCAAAGGCAGCUACAAGAGGAUCGUUGACAGAGUUCGGGAUGAUCCUGUACUCAUUGACCUUGACAUACCUCUUCCAAACAUCAAUGCAAAGUCCAUCACCACUUUCAUCUCAAAAAAAGAAAAGAGGACAAACUUUCUAUCCACCACGCAACCAAAAGUCAAAUCCCAUCGUAACGUCCUAUCUACCCAAACCAUUCCAGAGGCCGGAAAGCUCCCUCAAUCCCUGCCAGCAGCCACUUUCCAGCAAGUACAAUAUUCAGAUAUCCCCCACGAAUCUGGAAAACGGCAUGGAGAAAAGAGGCGGCUUGAGUUUGACUCUCAACCAUCAACAUCUUAUGCCGUUGAGCCACCAACCAAAACCAAGUUGCUGCCACUUCUUCCAAAGACAUCAUCUCGUUGUAUGCCAUCAGCAGCUUCUGGAGUACCAAUCCUUUUGGUUGUGCCAUCACAACCACAGGCACAGUCCAUUUCCCUCAACCAACCAUCAAGCAGUGUACCAUUCUCAUUUCAACCUGCACCUCCUCCUCCACCAAAACAGACUCGUUUCCUCCCUAACCCAUCCAAGAAACCCUGUGCUGCAUGUCUCAUCGAAAAAUGUGGUGGGCUUCGAAAAAGGUACACACCAUCGAAAGCCAAAACUCGAGGUAAUACUAAAAAAAUCUUUACCUUCUGCCCAACCACAAACAGAUCAACUACACCCGGAUUUGAAGAGGUGUACAAUAAUUAUGAGCACUUUAAGAAAGUGGUUGACGAAGAGUUGGAGAGGAAACAAAGAAAUAGAGAGGAGGAAAAGUAGAUUAUUCAUUUUGUGUAUUUUUUCAGAACAUGGAUAGUUCAGUACCUUGAAUGCAGAUCAAUGUAUUUUCGCAUUAAUCAGGUACCAUACAUUACUAGAUACUGAUAAGAUUGUUUGUCUUGUCAUGUUGGACAUUUUUGAUGUGCCCAUCUCUUUAUAUUUUACUGGAACAGUAUUAAAAAACAAUCAGUAUUAUUUAACAAAUGUAAUACUUUAUUCUUUACAGUACAUUGCAAUGCAGUACUAUACCUUGCCAAAUAUUCCAUGCCUAUUCCAAAAUUAAGUGUGCAGAUAUAUACAUAUAUAUAUAUAUAUAUAUAUUACCGGCAUCUCAUUAUGUUGUUGCCUUCCUGCCAAAGUCAAAGUGUUGUUUAGUAUAGUACACAUAUUAUACUACGGGUACAGUACUAAGUAUUGCCAAAGAUUGUAUGCACAUCUUGUUAUAUGUUUGAUACCUCGUCUAGAGACUUUUAAAGCAAUAUAUUUGUUAAUGUCGUAGCUGGCUACCAAAGUCGAAAUAUUUUGUAUCAUUGUACAAAUCGUCCUUGUUUUCACGAAGUGACGGUAG